AUGAGGCCAGUAAAACAAAAGAAACGUCGGCUUAGGCCAGAAUGGGAAGAAAAGAUAGCUCAAGAGGUGAAAAAGCUUAUUGAGGCUGAUUUUAUUGAAGUAAUUGAGUAUCCCGAGUGGUUAGCCAACAUUGUGCCAGUCCCCAAGAAGGAUGGGCGAGUUCGGAUGUGUGUAGAUUAUAGGGACCUGAAUAAGGCUACUCCUAAGGAUGAUUUCCCAUUGCCUCACAUCGAUGUGCUUGUUGACAGUGCUGCUUGCAUGGCCAUGUACUCUUUCAUGGAUGGUUUUUCGGGAUACAAUCAGAUCCUCAUGGAUUUGAUAGAUAAAGCAAAGACAGCUUUUAUCACUGAAUGGGGGACUUAUUGUUAUAAGCUGCUAAGAAAGAAUCAGCCAGUGGUGUGGAAUGAGCAAUGUCAAGAGGCAUUUGAAAAGAUAAAGCAGUACCUGAGCAAUCCACCAAUUUUGACACCACCCAUACCUAGCAUCCCUCUAAUUCUCUACCUAUCAGUGGAAAACAUGGCCCUAGGGGCAAUGUUGGCACAAGAAGUAGAGAAUCUGGAGAGAGCCAUCUAUUACAUCAGUAAGAAACUCCUUGCUUAUGAGGAGAAUUAUUCACUAAUAGAAAGAACCUGUCUGGUUGUAGUAUGGGCAAUUAAGAAGUUAAGGCACUACUUUCAGACUCAUCGAGUUAUUGUAGUAUCCCGGAUGGAUCCUUUAAAGUACCUAUUUGAAGUACCAACGCUAGUUGGAAAAUUGGCCAAAUGGUUGGUCCUACUGUCUGAAUUUGAUAUUGUGUAUGAGACUCGAAAAACCAUUAAAGGGCAUGUAGUGGCCGAAUUUCUUUCUGAAAAUCCAGUUAAUGAAGGGGAAGAAGUCGAAACAGCCUUCCCGGAUGAGAGUCUCAAGCUAGUAGAGGUCCAGUCAUGGAAAAUGUACUUUGAUGGGGCCAUGAAUAAGAGCGGAGCCGGUAUAGGGGUAGUUUUGGAAGCACCGAAUGGAGAACAAUUGUUAAUGUCAAAAAGGCUAUGUUUCCCAACCACUAAUAAUAUUGCAGAAUAUGAGGCUUGCAUUUGUGGCCUGGAGGCAUUAAUAGCUGUUGGGGCAAAAAAAGUGGAGGUAUUCGGAGAUUCAAUGCUAGUGGUUUCCCAUGUUAAAGGUGAAUGGGAAUUGAAAGAAGAAAAGUUGAGGCCAUACCUGGAGUAUGCUAAGAAACUAUUAUUUAGCUUUGAGGAAGUGACAAUGAAGCACAUGCCUAGAGCUCGUAACUGGAUAGUCGAUGCUCUAGCCACGCUGGCAUCCUUAUGGGAGAAGGGUGAUCAGAAGCUGACCCAGCCAGUUAUCUUGAUGAGGAGUAGAAUCCCAUGCUAUGAAGGGUUAAUAAUAGCACAUUUAGAUCUAGAAGAUGAGAUGAAAUGGUAUGAGGACAUAAGAAGAUAUUUAGAGUCUGAGCAGAUAAUGGAGGAAGUACAUGCAAGAGUGUGUGGUCCUCACAUGAACGGAAGGGUAUUAGCAGGCAAAAUUUUAAGAUUGGGCUAUUACUGGUCUACCAUGGAUACUGACUGCGCUAAAUUUGUGAAAAGAUGCCAUGAGUGCCAAAUCCAUGGGAAUUUGAAUCACCUACCAUCCAGUGAACUCUACAAAGAUGACUUCACCGUGGCCAUUCUCAAUAUGGGGCAUAGACAUUAUUGGGAAGAUUUCUCCCACGGCUUCUAA